ACGAUGUGCACUUGGCCUAUUUGACGUUACACAGUGGCGCAUUCGAACUUUGAGCAAAAGGAGGCUGGAGCCUGAUCUCGAAACCCCACCUUACCACCACUUCUCCACGAUGGAGAACAAAAUAUGCCGCUUCGCUGGACGCUGCUUGAACAGGGAGACGUGUCGCUUCCAACAUCCUGAUACGGUCCGCACCCCUCUCUCUCCCGAACGCAAAGCAGAACUUAUCGGCCGCUCGCGGUCGGACGGCUCCGCUCCAAAAGCGAAGAUACCUUGCAAAUUCUAUCUCCAAGGCACAUGUACCAGGGGAGACUUCUGUACCUUCGAGCAUUCAAACCCGAUUACAGCCACAGCCACAGCCACAGUCUUCCGUCCCGUAUCCAGGGACACUAGGUCGAGCAUACCGUGCAGAUACUUUCAAAGAAGUAUCUGUAAAAUGGGAGAGCUAUGCCCCUUCAGUCACGACAUUCAAGGUAAUCUAGUCAUGCCCAAGACGCUGCCGGAUCACAGGCCCAUCACGAACAUUGGCCUCGCUGCAUCCACUUGAGCGCGCUCCAAUCCUUCCUUCAGAGAGCAUGAUGAAACCAAACUACCAAGGAACAUUGGAGGGGCCACCGUGGUUUUUGCUGACGGGGCCUCUGUUUCGACAAUCUCUUUGAUUUCGGACUUCUCCGCCGUAUCCACAUCCGAUCUAUCUCAACAUACAUCCGUUCAAAAUGUAGUG